AUGCUAAGGAGCGACUUUGUGAGUGCCGUGUGGUGUCAGUGCUGUGCCCCUCCCCCCCUCCCUCCCCUCUCGACGUCCUUCUCGUCGCCUGCACGUUGGAGUUUUAUCUCUCGAGUCUUCCGCCGCAUCGCCAACAUGAGCACGGAGAUCUCUGACUUCCAAGACAUGUGGCAUGACAUCGAGACGGUGCUGUUGGGCAACACGUCCAGCCCGGACCCGGAGCCGCUGCCCGCCAUCGUCGUCACGUCAGACGCCAUGACCCCGCCCACAUCCACCUCGUCGUCGUCGCCCUCGACCACGAUGUUCAGCGCCCCGUCGCUUCCCCAGACGCCCUCGAUACUGUCUCAGGCCCUGACGGCCCCGCUGACGCCGCGCCUCCACUCCCUGCAAUACGCGCCCUACUGCCCGCCGCCGCCGCCGUCGGAGGCCCUCCUGACGACCCUCAGCGGCGGCGGGGAGGAGAGCCAGGGCGGCUACCACGUCCCCAGCGACGACCAGCACUACCGCGGGGUGUCGCCGGCCUCGACGCCCAUGGACACGUCCUACCCCGGCCAGUACGCCUCGCCCUACCACGCCUACGUCGAGGGCCUCGAGGUGGACGCGUACGUGACGGAGGAGCUGGGCGCGCCGCAGUACGCCACCAGCGUCAUGGACGCGUCCGGCCUGGUGCAGGCGGAGGACUUCGUGGACCUGGACGCCCUGGCCAAGAGCGCCGCCGAGGGCCACUACUGCGGCGACCCUCCGCCCCCGCCCUCCGCGCAGCCGGCGCGACCCGAGGGGCAGGAGCAGUUCCAGUUCGCCCCCCUGGAGGCCCCCUCCAAGCUGCCCUCCAUCGCCACGCUGCAGCCCCGCGGCCACGCCCUCGCCUUCAACACGUACGGCCCCGCACUGCCGCCGCUCUCCGCCAUCACGGGCGCCCCGCAGCAGCAACAGCAGCAGCAGCAGCAUCAACAGCAACAGCAGCAGCAUCAACACCAACAACAGCAAAUUCAGCAGCAACAGCACCUGCAGCAGCAGCAGCAGCAGCAGCAGCAGCAGCAGCAAUGCAUACAGCAGCCGCAGCCGCAGGGCGAGGGCCUGGUGUCCCCCCUGGCGCCGCAGCCGCCCACGUCCACCCCGCAGUCCCCCUCCGUCGCGGGGGUUACUCAGGUCACCUACACCCACGGCCAGAUGUCCCCCCCGGCGUCCCCCGACAACGAGGAGCUGCCCCCCGGGGUGAGGGUGUCUACGACGGGCGUGACCCACGUGGGCAGCACCACGGCGCCCCUGACCACCCACGCCCUCACCCGCCAGACUCUCCACACGCUCGUCAAGGUCAUGACCCCGCCCUCGUCGCCGAACCUCUCCGAGCUUCUGUCGACGCCCGUGACCACAGCCGCGUCGUGUCACGCCCUCACGCUCACGGGCUCGGAGCACCACCACCAGGCCGCCCGCGAGCCGCCCGCGCCCCCUCCGCCGGACGAGCAGGAGGGCAAAGUGGUGAAGAAGACCACGGGCCGCAAGAAGAUCACGGCCCACACGUGCCAGCACCCCGGCUGCCACAAGAUCUACACCAAGUCGUCGCACCUGAAGGCCCACCUGCGCACGCACACCGGCGAGAAGCCCUACAUGUGCAACUGGAAGGGCUGCGGCUGGAAGUUCGCCCGGAGCGACGAGCUGACGCGGCACCUGCGCAAGCACACGGGCGACAGACCCUUCCGCUGCCGCCUGUGCGAGAGGGCCUUCUCCCGCUCCGACCACCUCAGCCUGCACAUGAAACGGCACGAGAGCGUGUAGCCUGCUGGCGCCGCACACGCACACGCGCCCUCUGUACAUACAUACAGCCGGUGUACAAAGGCUGGAGGGGUAUAUCUAUUUUUUGUUUUCGAUCUUUUUUUUUCUUCUUUUUUCACCUUGGUACCCCCCAGUCUGACCUAUGUUACCAG